AAAGCUGGCGUCUCUAUCAAGAAGGGGCUCCUUCUCUGCGAUGGAUGGCUACUCAAGGUCAUUGCUUCACAAUACGCCAAUGUUUCUGUAAGAAAGAUAAUCUGCCCGCAAAAAGCCUUAAUUAUAGAGUAAGUAAGAAAACGAGCAGUUUAAAAGACUCGGACACACCAAAAAAAAAAAAAAAAAAAGUGCUAUUAGUUAUUUUUAUUAGAGGUCAAUCACAUAAAUCAUGCAGAGCUUCCUGUCUUGCUGACCUUCAUCAGUUGAUCUAAAUAAGAAGGGUUUGUUCAUUGCUUUAUUUUCAAAACUCAUCGUUUUUAUAAAAUAUCAUUUUACAUGUUAAAGACUACUAACUUUUUAAAAUGAGUUAUUUCCUCUUUAUACUAACUGGCUUAAAUGGCUAAAGAGAGAUGUUUAGCAUCAUCGCACACGUGCAUAUAGGUAAAGGCACUUAUUCUGCUGAAAUUCCCCUCGAAGUUCACGCCCACUCGCGCUAAUAAAACGUCACUCACCAACAGGCGCGCGGUUUUACUGGCAUCAUCCGAACUACAUACGCAGACGCGCGCGGCUAGCAGGUGGAACUGCAGCUGAUGCCAUGCAAUAACUGCACUUAAGGAGAUAAUGAACUGAGAACCUGCUUUGGAAAACAUAGUUUAAUUACUCCUGGUUCAACUCCUGCACAGGUUUUCUGCCUAGUUUUUUUGCACUAAAGGAUCCCUUUCCUGUUUCGCCUGCGCCAUAUAUUACAUGAAGUAUACCUGGUAAUGAACCGCAUCUAAUCGGGGUUUAAAGCAGCUUUUUAAAGAAUGUCCACUCCUAUCGAAGCUGGCAUAUGGCACACCGGGCGGUGUUCGGGUACCGCGGGACAUACGGAGACGCAUCUGGAGUUAGAAAUGUCCGAGGCGGCAUCAGCUCCGAUAGAGGAGCCCGGCGCCUCAUUGACAGCCGCGGAUGACGGGAAGAGCGAAUGGCUACGCGCAGGAGGAACCGCGGCCACCAGCGACAGCCGCCUGGAGGAGAUGGCGCUGGACGCCUCGGUUAGCGAGCCGAUGUCCCGCAUGCCGGCCGUGCGCCUCCACCCUCGCAUGUCCGUCUACAGCACCACCCGCCCCGUAAUAACCCGCAGCCACAUCCAAGGACGCGUGUAUAACUUUCUGGAAAGACCAAGCGGCUGGAGAUGCUUCGUCUAUCACUUCACCGUGUUUCUCAUCGUCCUUGCCUGUCUGAUCUUCAGUGUUAUGUCAACAAUUGAUCAGUAUCAGCCCCUGGCACACAGCAUCCUCUUCUGGGUGGAAAUAGCGUUAGUGGUCUUCUUUGGGGUGGAGUACGUGGUGCGACUCUGGUCAGCUGGCUGCCGCAGCAAGUUUGUGGGCUUCUGGGGGCGGCUGCGUUUCGCCAGGAAGCCCAUCUCCAUCAUCGACCUGAUUGUAGUGGUGGCUUCUGUCAUAGUUCUAACAGUAGGAUCCCAAGGCCAGGUGUUUGCUACCUCAGCAGUGAGGGGAGUCCGCUUCUUGCAGAUUCUGCGGAUGCUGCACGUAGACCGACAAGGUGGCACCUGGCGCCUACUGGGGUCUGUGGUCUUCAUCCAUCGGCAGGAGCUCAUCACCACUCUAUACAUUGGCUUCCUGAGCCUCAUCUUCUGCUCGUACUUUGUGUACCUGGCUGAGAAAUCUGCCGUCGAUGGUAGUGGGAGAACCGAGUUUGGCAACUACGCCGAUGCCCUGUGGUGGGGUGUGGUUACCGUCACCACCAUCGGCUACGGGGACAAGGUGCCACAGACGUGGGUCGGCAAAACCAUAGCAUCGUGUUUCUCGGUGUUCGCCAUCUCCUUCUUCGCUUUGCCAGCAGGAAUCCUUGGCUCAGGAUUUGCUCUGAAGGUCCAGCAGAAACAGAGGCAGAAGCAUUUCAACCGUCAGAUUCCCGCAGCAGCUUGUCUCAUACAGACAUCCUGGAGGUGCUUUGCUGUGGAGAGCUCAGACUCAGCGACCUUCAAGACCUUUGUGAAAAGGCGGCGGCCAAACCUCAGCUCCUCUACAUUCACCCCCAAGCCCAAGAAGACGGUGAGGAUGAGGAGGAAACUGAAGAGUGAGAAGGAGAAUGGGCCCGACUCCCCUGCUGUACAGAGAGUCGCCUACGACUCCGUGUUCGAUGAUGCGGGGUCAGAUGCCUACAGCACCAUCUCAGGUCAGCAGCAGACAUGGACGUCAGUCACCUCCUACCAGUUUUGCUCUCCAACAUCAAGUUCCCAGAGAUUCACGGAGGUCCGGUCCCCACUGCCGCUCCGCUACAACAUUUCCUUUGGGGAUGAUUUGGACCUAGAGGCAGAGAGAGACUGCAUUCUCGCUCCGGUCAGCCACGUAUCCCAGUUACAGGAGUCACACAGAGUGGCGAUUCGCGUGGUGCAGCGGAUGCGGUACUUCGUGGCCAAGAAGAAGUUUCAGCAAGCGCGAAAGCCGUACGACGUGCGGGAUGUGAUCGAGCAGUACUCCCAGGGACACCUCAACCUCAUGCUGCGGAUUAAGGAGCUACAGAGGAGGCUGGACCAGUCCCUGGGGAAGCUCCCGCUGUUCCAGACCAGCUCAGAGCGCAGCAAAGACAAGGGGGCUAAUUCCAUUGGCUCUAGGUUGGCACGGAUGGAAGACAAGAUCGCACACAUGGAGGAAAGCCUGAGCUACAUCACUCGGGCCCUGCAGAGACUGCUAGGGACGUCGGUGACGGCAGCAGGAUCAACGGCGGGCAGUGCUGAGCGGGUGGGCGGGGCCUUGCACGCGGCCGACUACGUCUCUACCGACAGCGUCCUGCCGACCUACGAGCAGCUCUCUGCCCUGAGGACUGACGCCUCCAGGGAUGAGAGUUCCUAAGGUGGUUCCUGUGUCUGUGCAUCACUGGGACCCAAUACUACAUACAGCAGGUAGUGCAACUCUCACCCCACGUGGAAGCACAAUGAACCUUGCGUACGGUUAGCUUUUAGCUUUGUUAUCAUUCGCUCAGCUGUAAAGUCAUCAAUCAGCAUGGCAGUGUCCAAUAGGGGCACUGUACGUGAACUACUGAGGUAUUUAUGCACAUGGAUGGAUUACAACGUAAAUGUGCUAUAUGGCUGAAUGGAGCAUAAUGCAGUCAUUUUGUAUAUUACUGAUGUGGCUUUUUAAUAAAGAAUAUCAGUCAACAGAAA